AUGUUCAACAUGGCGUCCAAGAUCAAAGCUACUCCCUUAACGAUAGUCAUCAAGCUCGGAACUUCUUCGAUUGUCUCUCCGGAAUAUCCUUUCCUUCCCCAUUUACAGCUUCUCUCUUCGAUCGUAGAGACGGUAGUACAUCUGAGAUCUCUAGGUCAUAGAGUUGUGUUGGUAUCUUCAGGAGCUAUAGGAGUAGGAUUAAGACGAAUGGAUUUAAGAAGUAGAGGAAAAGGGUUGAGUCAUAAGCAGGCUUUGGCAGCUAUAGGUCAAGGACGAUUAAUUGCUUUAUGGGAUAAUCUAUUUUCACAAUUGGAUCAACCUAUCGCACAAGUUUUAUUGACAAGACCAGAUAUAUCAGAUAGAACGAGAUAUCUCAAUGCGCAAAAUACAUUUUCAGAAUUACUUCAAAUGGGCGUAGUUCCAAUCGUGAAUGAGAAUGAUACUGUUUCAGUGACUGAAAUCAAAUUCGGUGAUAAUGAUACUUUAUCAGCUAUUGCUUCUGCAAUCGUACAUGCAGAUUAUCUAUUCUUAUUAACAGAUGUGGAGUGCCUGUACACGGAUAAUCCAAGAAAUAAUCCUAACGCUAAACCUGUCAGAGUAGUAAGAGAUAUUGAAAAAGUGAAAGAACAAGUAUCUACUUCAACGUUAGGAACAUCACUUGGUACAGGUGGAAUGUCAACGAAACUCAUAGCUGCGGAACUUGCAACGGCAGCAGGAACGACAACUGUAAUUAUGCAUUCUGCAAAAGUGAACGAUAUAUUCAGUGUCAUCCAAAAUGGUGCUGGACCAAGUAGAGAUAUAUCUGAGACACCUCAUUUAGAGGAAGGUCCAUUGUGUACUAGAUUCUUAAGAAGAGAAGAGGCAUUGAAAGAUCGAAAAUGGUGGAUCGCUCAUGGAUUACAUGCUGCCGGUACGAUCAUAAUUGAUGAAGGAGCUUAUCGAGCUAUUCAACGUAAAGAAUCGGGAGGUAGAUUACUUCCUGCAGGAGUAAUAAAAGUUCAAGGUCCUUUCGCUUCUCAUCAAGCAGUUAAACUUAUCGUACGAAAAAGAAGGAGAAGCAUACAUAACAAUCACAAUAAUAUGGAUAAACCGGAACAACAACCUAAUUCAACUAUAUCACGAAACUCAAUUGACGAAAGUAUACCUUCCAGUCCAACACCUGCAUCGGCGUCUGCAUCAACAUCAAGAUCGACAUCAACGUCGAAUCAAAUGAUCUCGCCUAUCAUUAAACAGUUAUCAAGUGGAAGUGGAUUAUCAAAUUCAACUUCAAUAGCAGGCAUUGGGAUUGGUCCACAACCUGAUACACCACAAUUACAACCUAUAUUAUCAUUAUCAUCUUCAGUAGCUUCAUUGGAUCCAUUAUCGAAAUCUAUCCCACCUUCACCAGCGAUUCGUGGUAUCAACGAACACUCACAAUUGAAUACAACGUCUACGCUCAAUAACAACAAGGAAGAUGAUAAAGUAGAUUCCGAUUGGGAGGAAAUCGAAAUUGGAAAAGGUUUAGCUCAGUACAAUAGUGUCGAAAUCGAUAGAAUAAAAGGUAUGAAAAGCUCAAAUAUUGAAACCAUACUGGGAUAUUCUGAAUCGGAACAUGUGGUGGAUUCAAUCACUUUUCUAUGA